AUGGCAUCAACUGACGUCGAGAUGCGAGUUGACAUCGAUCCUGAUCGUCGGUGGGAGGAUCUGUAUCGCCUGCUCUCCCGACCAGGUCCGAGCGCGGGCCCGAACUUCUUUCCUGGCGAUGAGACCAAGGAGCUCCUGCACAACCUGAUCCGAGUGCUUGUGGUUGGAGCUGGAGGGCUGGGAUGCGAGCUGCUGAAAGAUCUCACCCUCCUUGGCUUUCUCAACAUCGACGUGAUCGAUAUGGACACGAUUGAGGUCACCAACUUGAACCGUCAGUUCCUGUUCAGAAAGUGCGACGUGGGUCAGUCCAAGGCCGUUGUGGCAGCCAACUUCAUCAACAAGCGCGUCCCCGGCGCCAGCGUCACCCCGCACUUCUGCAAGAUCCAGGAGAAGGACGCUGACUUUUACCAGCAGUUCCAGAUUAUCGUCCUCGGGCUGGACUCGCUGGAGGCGAGGAGGUGGAUGAAUGACAUGGUCUGCAGCCUCGCGCAGUUCGACGAUGACGGGAACAUAGAGCCAGGCACCAACAUCCCGAUGGUCGACGGAGGGACGGAGGGUCUUGCCGGCCACGUCAAUGUUAUCUACCCCUUCGUGACUCCCUGCUUCGAGUGCAUCCUCCCCCUCUUCCCCCCUCAGGUCAACUUCCCCAUGUGCACCCUCGCCGACAUCCCGCGCACCCCCGCGCACUGUGUGGAGUGGGCGAAGCAGCUGGAGUGGGACCGUGUGAGGCCUUUCGGUGACGACACCGACCUCGAGUGCGACGACCCCAAGCACAUGCAGUGGCUCUACGAGACGGCGCUGAAACGAGCACAGCAGUUCGGGAUCGAGGGGGUGACGCUCAAGUUCACCCAGGGCGUUGCCAAGAGGAUCAUUCCAGCCAUCGCUGCCACUAACGCCAUCGUCGCUGCGGCCUGUGCAAACGAAGUUCUCAAGCUUGCGACUGCGGUGUCGAGGCACAUGAGCACGGAGAGUGGAGGGCACUAUAUGAUGUACCAGGGAGGAGACGCGAUCUACACCAACACACUCUCUCACGAGAGGAAGGAUGACUGUCCUGUCUGCGGACGGAAGGCGGUGAAGAUCCAUGUGCAUGAGGACAUCACCGUCGCUCAGCUCAUCGAGCUGAUGAAGGAAGACUCGCGGCUGCGGCUCAAGAACCCGGCGAUCUCAGUUCCGGCGGACACAACUUCCGGCAUGAAGACCAUCUACAACCCUCAUGUGAAGAGCAUCUACGAGAGGACGCGGGAGAACUUGGACCAUCCCAUUAGCUCGUGGAUCCGAUCGAGCGGAGUUGAGCUAACGGUAGACGAUCCUGUGAUGGCAACUCAGAAACAAGUCCUCGUGAUGUUCUCUUAA